GGGUGGGGGGCAGAGCGCCUGGUGGUGCAGGGCAGAGGGAGCCGGGGCUGCUCCCGCUGAGCCCCGCUGGCCCUGCGAGAGCCGGCGUCUGAGCUGGGUAUGUGAGAAUUCUGGGUGGCGUGGGCUCACCGUCGCGCUGUGUUUUGUUGGCUUGGAGACUGGUGGGUAGGCGAGCAGAGGUUACGCUCUGGCGGUUCCGGCUGGGUAGGGUGGGUGCCAGGCCUGUCUGCUGCCUGAACCUCACGGGCUCAUUCACCAACGGGACCUCGGAAGCCCCCCCGCCCCCUGUGCGGUGACACAAACACACACCUCAUAGUGGAAGGGCCACAGCUCCACGACCCAGAGCUCCUUGGCCUCAGCAUUGAUCCUAGGUCAGCCCUUUCUUCCCUAGCCCUAGGUACCAAGAAAUUGAGCCCUUAGGCUUCAGGUGGGUCUUGGACUGACUGGCCCUGUUCCUCAGGCUUCAGGUCCUCUCUGAAUUCCCUGAUGAGAAAGGACCAGCCAAGGCCCUAUGCCUACGCUGAGCCCAGCAAGUGCCCUCCACCCAACCGGGAAAGGGCUGGACAGUGUCCUGGAGGAAGGGGUAGGAGCAUAAUCACUACGGGAAGACCUUCUGCCUCGGGACGUUAGCACGUUGGGUUCAGGGGUGCGUGCUGAGAUGUCUGCAGCUGAGCUCCCCACCGGCCCAUGAGUUUCUUCAGCUGGGUUCUGGCUGAGACGGUCUCCUUAACCUCCCUUGCCAUCCCUUCCCAUCAGACAUGGUGUUUGCAAGGUCUUUGAGACAGUGGUUUCCAUCCUGUUCUUUUCUGUCCUGACUGCCCAGCCUUGGCCAGCUGGGGCCAGCCUUGUCACUUCCACCCCAGAUGACACAGGAGACUGGUCCAGGAUGGAAUGAGCCAAGAGAGAGACAGGCUACCCAAAGUGAUUCUGACAGCAGGCUUGAGGAGCUCCUCAUAUCCCUGCAUACCCGCUUCUGGACUCCAAGGAGCAGCCAGCCUCCCAGCUCCCUGGCCUAGGAGCUGUCUGCAACUUUCCAAGAAACCAGCCCAGGGAAGUCCUGCCCACCGACAAGGCCUUCAGGGUCAUGCUUCACAACACCAGCCACAGCAGAGACGUGGCCUAUGGGGGUGACACCAUGAGGGGGCAAGACAGAGAAAGGAAAGGAGUAUGGGCAGGAGCUGGGGGAGCCCUGGCCACCAACACCUCCUCCCCCUUCUCCCCUGAGCCUCCAGAGGCCUCAGGCAGCAUCAUUCCGGUCUACUGUGCCCUCCUGGCCACUGUGGUCUUCGGUCUGCUUGCCUAUGUGGCCUUCAAAUGCUGGCGCUCACAUAAGCAAAGACAGCAGUUGGCCAAAGCUAGGACUGCAGAGCUGGGGCCCCUCAGCAGGGACCAGAGGCAUGGCGAUGGCAGCGACUUCCUGGACUCUCCUAGUGGUGUAGAGCCCUGUGCCUCCAGCCAGGGACCACAGCCUGACCUUGACUGCCGAUUUUACCUUCACCUCCCUCGGCAGCAGCAGGAGGAAGUGGAGCAGCUCCUGGAGGCAUCAGAUGAACCUGACAAGGGCUGGCAGGGCCUGGCAGGUCGUCUUGGGUACCAGGCUGAGGCCGUAGAGACCAUGGCCCAGGGCCAGGUGCCAGCAUAUACCCUGCUGAGGGACUGGGCUGUCCAAAAGGGCAGCAAAGCUACCCUCAAGGUGCUGCAGGAUGCCCUGGCUGCCAUGGGCCGGGAAGACAUCAUUGGGGUCCUGAGAUCCCCAGGGGAGGGUUGCUCUGUGGUGUGAAUGAUGUCCCCACAGCCUGCUUUGGUGAUCCCUACGACCCUGCCUCCCCACACGACUCCCCUUCACCAGCUUCUAGUAUGUGGGCUUUGGGUUGUGCUCUCCUGGGGAGAACACAGAAUCCAGCAGCAACUCACACUCCCCUUGUGCAACCAGGACAUGGGGGAGUAGGCAGUGAGAAGCGAUCCUGCCUCCCAGUCCCCACAGGCUUCCCUUAUCUAACCUCAACUGUUUUUGCUACUUUUGUAUCUUAUAUUAAAGGUGACGCUGGACUUUUGUGCUGGCUCUAUCUGGCUUCUUGGGCUUGUGACGGUUAUGAUGCAGAGGCCCAGAAAAGGACUGGGUGCUAGGCAUGGUGAUGCACAUCUGUAGUCCCAACAACUUGGAGGCCGAGGAAGGACUACAGACCCAUUACCAACCAGCCUUGUAUCAGAGGCUUGUGUCACACUUCUGGGACCCAAAUGCAGCCACAAGAUCCCAAGCCCACAGAUGUUAGCCUCUGGACAACAGUCGGCUUCAAAUGCAGCAGGACUCAAGGGGAACAAGGCUCACAGUAAAAUCCAAUAGCAAGGAUUAAUCUUGGACUUCACACCACGGCCACUGUCUCUCCUCUCAGUGACAUCCCUACACGCAACAUGCUCGAUUAACUUUUACAGAACACACAUGCCAAGUUCUUUAAUUCAUUUUAUU